AUGAAAGGCUCCGUUGUCUGGCUAUUCCUGCUCUUGCAGGUCGCCACCGUCACUUCCCAGGAUGCACAGAAAGUAAUGGUAGCUCAAAAUGAUGAGCCAACUAUUGCGACGCCGAAUGAUGAUACCCAAAAUUCUCCACCAACGGCCGACGUAGUCCCGGUCCCUCCGGCACAAGAACAGCCACCCCCAAGACAUCCAGGAGCGGACCUUGUCGAUACUGCCCUGGAGGCGCUCAAGAAGGUCCCGCGCCGAACCCGUACGCGAACGCGCCGCCAACGCAGCAUCCUCGAUACCGUCCUUGACUAUGUCGUCAACGCGCUCCCCAGUCUCGAGGUCAGCGCGCCGCCCACAGAAGAGAGCAAGCCCGUCGUGAGCGGGCAGCUCCUCGAUGCCGUCAAGCUUCUCGAGCAGUCGGCACUUCUCAGCAACCCCGAUGCCCUCUACAUCCUCGCCGACAUGAACUUCUACGGCAACUACUCCUACCCGAGAGAUCUGACGGCCGCCUUCAGUCACUACAAGACCCUGGCCGACACACAUGGCAACGCCAUGGCCCAGCACAUGACGGCCGUCUUUUACUCCACCGGACUGGGCGGCGCCGUGGCCCCCGACUCGGCCAAGGCCAUGCUCUACUACACGUUUGCCGCGCUUCAGGGGAACACCAAGGCCGAGAUGGCCAUUGGAUACAGACACCACAGCGGCGUCGCCACGGCCAAGAGCUGCGACACUGCCGUGCAGUACUACAAGAAAGUGGCCGACAAGGCCAUCAAGUGGUACCGCUCGGGACCUCCCGGUGGUAUGGCUUGGAUCGUGGAGCAGUAUCGCAUUGCCGACGAAGAGGGUGGCGUCUAUGGCGAGGGAGCCAGCGCUUCCAGUGCUGGUCUCAAUGCCAUCAAGGCCAGUGUCAACUCGGACGUCAACGCGGCUAUUGAUGAUGUCAUUGAGUAUCUCGAUCUCAUGUCGCAGAGGGGAGACUUCAAGGCCUCAUUCAACCUCGGUCGAAUAUACUAUGAUGGGCAGCGGGGCCUGGCCCGCAACGUUGACAUGGCACGCAAGUACUUUUUCAUGGUUGCUAAGCGCUACUGGAAGAAGGAUGGCCGCAUCAUCGAUACACCAAAGCCCGGCAUCGAAAAGGUCGCUGGCAGGGCAGCCGGCUUUAUUGGCCGUAUGUACCUGAGAGGCGAUGGUGUUGACCAGAGCCUUGAGCAGGCAUUCAGAUGGUUCGGCCGUGGCAUCAAGCUUGGCGAUGCCCAAUCUCAGUAUGGACUCGGCCUCAUGAAGCUCCAUGGCUACGGCAAUGCGCCGAAGAACGUCAAGGCCGCGACAGAACUUUUCAAGGCCGCUGCGGAGCAGGACUACGCCCCAGCGCAGAUUGAGAUGGGCGUGCUCUACCUCGAUCAAGGCGGUGCCGAUGAUGUGCGGAUCGCCAGCAACUACUUCGAGCUGGCUGCUCGCUACGGCCUCAUCGAGGCUCACUACUACCUGGCUGAGAUGAGCAACCACGGUGUUGGUAGGGACAAGACCUGCUCUGUUGCUCUGGCGUACUACAAGAAUGUUGCCGAAAAGGCGGAACCUUUGGUGUCGUCGUGGGCUGAGGCGAACCAAGCCUACGAGGAAGGAGACUCUGAAUUGGCAUUCCUCGAGUACGUCCUCGCUGCCGAACAGGGCUACGAGCGCGCGCAGAACAAUGUCGCAUACAUGCUUGACCCGACACAGGCUAGACUUUCGCUGUCGAGCCUCAUCAAGCCCGCACCGCGUCCCGCCCUGCUGGACAACCCCAGGCUGGCGCUCACGUACUGGACGCGUUCUUCGAGGCAGUCGAAUGUAGACUCCCAGGUCAAGAUGGGCGACUACUACUACUACGGCGUCGGCACCGAGCUCGACAUUGGCAAGGCGGUGCAGUGCUACACCGGCGCUUCCGACUACUCGCAGAGCGCCCAAGCCCUGUGGAAUUUGGGAUGGAUGCACGAGCACGGCAUUGGCCUUACGCAGGACUACCACCUCGCCAAGCGUUUCUAUGACCAGGCGCUCGAAGUCAACGAGGAGGCCUACCUGCCCGUGAAGUUGACGCUGCUCAGGCUGCGCCUGAAGAGCGCCUGGAACACUUUCACCCGUGGACCCAUUCAUUCCAUCCAAGACGAUCCUGAACCCAAGAAGGACUGGUCGCUGGGUGAAUGGAUCUCGAAUUUCAUGAAGGAUGACAACGCAUUCUGGAACCAGGAAGACUUUUACGACGACAUCUACGACGACACGGCAGCGCACGCCGAGGCUGGCGAUGACUUUAUCUUCGAGGACGACAUGACGGAGAGUCUCCUCAUCGUCUUUAUCGGUAUCUGCCUCGUGCUUCUGCUCUACUACCGCCAACAGAUGCAGCAACGCCACCGCCGGGACGAAGAGGCGAGGCGCCUCCAGCAGCAGCAGGGCAUGGCACCGAAUGCGCAGGCUCAGCAGCCGCCGCCGCCGCCACCGGCGCAAGAGGACCGAGGCAUGUUCCCGCCUCAGGGCAACCCUGCGUUCAACGACUGGGUUGCAGGGGGUGUUGGGCAUUGA